AUGGCGACUCCUGGAUUAAGCAACCGGCCUAAUGGCCAGAAGCAGCAGCGGCGGUUUGGCAUCACGGAUCCGAUAUCCACGUCUGGUCCUACUGAGUUCGAUGUAGUGAAGACCCGCGAACUUGAGAAGUAUCUCCAAGAUGCAGGAUUGUAUGAGAGUAGUGAGGAAUCUGUUUCCAGAGAAGAAGUACUUGGACGGCUAGAUCAGAUUGUCAAGCAUUGGGUGAAAGUAAUUAGUCGCGCCAAAGGGUUGAAUGAGCAAUUGGUUCAAGAAGCAAAUGCAAAGAUAUUCACAUUUGGCUCUUACAGGCUAGGGGUCCAUGGCCCUGGUGCAGAUAUUGACACACUUUGUGUGGGACCUAGACAUGCUACUCGUGAGGAAGAUUUUUUUGGAGAAUUGCAGAAUAUGUUGUCCUCAAUGCCUGAAGUGACAGAGUUGCACCCUGUCCCUGAUGCUCAUGUUCCUGUUAUGAAAUUCAAAUUGAAAGGGGUUUCUAUAGACUUGCUCUAUGCAAAAUUGUCACUGUGGGUGAUUCCAGAAGAUCUUGAUGUUUCACAAGACUCGAUACUACAGAGUACAGAUGAACAGACUGUUCGCAGUCUUAACGGGUGCAGGGUCACUGACCAGAUCUUGCGACUGGUGCCAAAUAUUCAGAACUUUCGAACAACCUUGCGCUGCAUGAGGUAUUGGGCGAAGCGUCGUGGUGUAUAUUCAAAUGUUGCUGGGUUUCUUGGGGGUAUCAAUUGGGCUUUACUUGUUGCUCGUAUCUGCCAGUUGUACCCAAAUGCGCUUCCCAGUUAUCUAGUGUCUCGAUUCUUUAGAGUCUAUGAUGAAUGGCGUUGGCCAAACCCUGUCAUGCUUUGUGAUAUUGAGGAAGGGUCCCUUGGGCUUCAGGUUUGGGAUCCUAGAAGACACAAUAAAGAUAGGUUUCAUUUGAUGCCUAUAAUCACCCCUGCUUAUCCUUCCAUGAAUUCUAGCUACAAUGUCUCUUCAAGCACUCUACGGAUAAUGUCGGAAGAAUUCCAGAGGGGAAGGGAGAUAUGCGAGGCUAUGCAAGCUAACAAGGAAGACUGGGAGACUCUUUUUGAGCCAUUUUCUUUCUUUGAUGCCUACAAGAACUACCUACAGAUAGAUAUAAGUUCUGGAAAUGAAGAUGACUUGCGAAACUGGAAAGGUUGGGUUGAAUCUCGUCUUCGUAUCCUAAUCCUGAAGAUUGAGAAGCACACUUACAACAUGCUUCAGUGUCACCCACAUCCUGGCGAGUUUUCAGACAAAUCUAAGCCUUUACGUUACUUUUACUUCAUGGGUUUGCAACGUAAGCAAGGAGUUCCAGUCAAUGAAGGUGGACAUUUUGAUAUAAGGAUGACCGUCGAAGAAUUCAAAGUCACUGUCAACAGUUACACAUCGUGGAAGCAGGGGAUGGAAAUCCAAGUAAGCCACGUGAAACGAAGGAGUAUACCUAGCUUUGUUUUCCCUGGUGGAUGUCGUCCGUCUCGUCCAUCUAAAGCCACAUGGGAUAGCAGGCGAAGUUUGGAAGCUAAAGCUUGCACUGCAGCUGACAAGUCAUCACCUGAAGGCAAAGGAGGGCCAGAUGGAUCAGAUGAUAGGAAGAAGAGAAAGCAUGUGGAUGAUGAUGUGGAGAAUAAUAGUACCUUGGGUGUCAAGCGCCUGGCUGCUGCUGUAUCUUCAUCAAAUGAAGCUCUUGAGGGUAGUCCUUCUGCUAUUAGGGUUCAUUCACUUUCUGCAGAAGGUGACCUUCCAAGUGCGAGUGAGUUUGGUGAAUCAGGGAGAGAGCAGGACACAGCAGCCACUAGUUUGGGCGUUUUAAUUGGAACAGGAAUAGGUUGUAAUGCAUCCCCACAAAAUGCCUAUGAGAUUUUGGAGAGAUCGAGCUCCAAGGAGGCUGAGAAGUUGGCCAUCGAGGAAAUAAUGUCUGGUCCAUAUGGAAGUCAUCAAGCUUCACCUCAAGAACUCGACGAGCUUGAGGAUGAGGUUGAGUAUGGAAAGCACGGCAAGGAUUCAUUGGGGAAUGAGAAAAGCUGCAGCACAGUGGAGUCUUCUUCAACUCCUGAUAAAACAGCUGAAGCAACAAUAACAGGAAGUGCACCUCCAAUGAUACCAUUGUUAACAUCCUGCAAUGGCGGAGCUGUUGUGCCGAAUCCUCCUAGCUGCCUUCAUGGAGGGCUGGAUGAGCUUGAGCCUGCUGAACUUGUGCCACCUUCAGUAGCUCCUGCUGUACAAAGGAAGCCGCUCAUCCGGUUGAACUUUACUUCGCUGGGUAAGACUCACUAG